AUCACUUCCCUUCUUCUUAACCAAAAAACCAUAUAUCAUCACCAAUGGCUUCCAAACCCUCAACCUCCAUAGCCCUUCUCCUCCUCUUCAACCUCAUCUUCUUCACCUUACUCUCUUCCAUCACUGCCACCCACUGCCCUCCUCCUCCUCACAAACCCAAACCCAACCCUAACCCUAAUCCCACACCUUCACCUUCCUCUGGUUCCUGCCCUAGAGAUACCCUAAAGCUAGGUGUCUGUUUGAACCUUCUAAACUUGCUCAACCUUAAAGUUGGUACCCCUCCAAAGGAGCCUUGCUGCCCUCUCCUUAAUGGCCUUGCUGACCUUGAGGCCGCUGUCUGCCUUUGCACCACCAUUAAGGCCAAUCUUUUGGGCCUCAUCAACCUCACUCUCCCCAUUGAUCUCUCCUUGCUCCUCAACUAUUGUGGAAGGAAGACUCCUUCUGGCUUCAUUUGCUCUUAAGGCUAUAUAUGUCCAUGCAUCAUCUACUUAAUUUCUGUUUAUCAUCAUCAUUAUUAUUAUUAUUAUUAUUAUUGCAUGUCAUGUUCUUAACUGUUUUGGUUUGAGAUGGAAUAGUGUGUGCUUCAUUAGUCGUUGGAGUUCCAAGACUCUGGGACUUUCCCUUGUUAAUUUGAUCCAGAAUAAAGAUGUCAAAAGGUUGGCACAAGUUUGUUUAUCAAAGUGUCUUUUGUAUUUUGCAUGGAUGCCAAGGCAUCAUGUAUCUCAUGUACUUUGUCCUAUAUUUUCAAGUACUUAAAUUGGAGUAUCAA